AUGACCGAACGACUUAAAGACUAUGUAGUGCUCGUCAAAAGAUACGGGGAUAGGCUGAUGUUGGUGAGAUUGGUGACACAAGAGGAGACAAUAAACAUGAUCAACGCGUAUGCUCCCAGUUGGGGACGGAGAGCGGAAGAGAAGAAGUGUUUUUGGGACUCACUCGAUGAGCUUGUGAGGAGUUGCCCUGAUGAUCAACGAUUAGUCUUAGAAGGAGACUUAAACAGGCAUAUAGGAGUAGAGUCAGACGGCUACCCGGGUGUUCACGGGGGAUUAGGGUUUGGAGUUAAGAAUGAAGAUGGACGCACGAUAUUGGAGUUUGCUACUGCACACGACCUGGUUAUCGCAAACUCUUUCUUCCGGAAGAGGGAUCAUCAGUUGAUUACCUUUCAGAGUAGCCUAAAUGAAACUCAGAUCGACUACUUCUUGGUGCGUAAAGGCAAUUUUAGGGCAUGCAAAGAUUGCAAGGUCCUCCCUAGUGAGGCUGGCUACUCCCAACAUAGACUGUUGGUCAUAGAUUUGCUCUUGAGUAGACGAGCAAGAUAA